CUUAAAACAAAGUUUAAUAACUUGAUUUAUUUUGGUUUUCAUAAUACAUCAUACGAUGUAUGUUUUCGUGUCGUUGCUUCUAUGCAUGGGAUCAUUUAUCAAUGGUGGUCUUACGUCGGGGUUGAAAGAAGACGCCAACACGACGAUUACGAGGUCCUGUAAUGAUAAGGAGAGGCAAGCACUGCUAGGUUUUAAAGCAAACCUAGUAGACAUCAACAAAGGAAAGAAGGAUUGUUGUCAAUGGAAGGGUAUCAGUUGUGACAGCCAGACUGGUCAUGUGACUGAAGUUGAUCUUUCUACCUAUUCUAGUGGCCUGUCUGGUAAUACUAGUCAUUUUUUAUCAUUAUUACAUCAGUUACAGUACCUUGAUUUAACUGGAACUGAUUUUCAGUUCAAUCAUAUACCAAAUUCUUUGAGUUCCCUUUCCAACUUACAACAUUUGAAAAUAUCUGCUGCUAAUCUUUCCAACUUGGUCCUCCUUGAUCUUAGUAAUAAUUCUUUGAGCGGGCCGAUUCCUCAUCAACUUGCUAAUCUUUCCAUGUUGGAUGAACUUGAUCUUAGUAAUAACCUUUUGAGUGGACAGAUUCCCGCUUCCUUUGGAGAUUUGACUUCUCUUGACCUUCUAGACCUCUCGGGAAAUCGAUUAGAAGGUGUCAUUCCAAAAUCUUUUGGAAAUUGGUCGUCUCUAGUUGAAUUGGAUUUGUCAAGAAACCUCCUUAAUGGGCCGGUGCCAAACUUUGUCGGAUGUUCAUCCAUAAAAAAGUCAAGUUCAAAUAGUAAUUCUCUAUACAAUAGACGACCUUUUGAAUCUGCGUAUGGUACUAAUUUCCCCGGAUGUCUAUCCCUGAGUAAGUUAGACCUCUCUAGUAAUAGGUUAACUGGAAAUUUACCGAAUAGUGUGGGCGAACUAUUAAAUCUUGAACAUCUCGAUGUUUCUAACAAUUCCUUUAAAGGUAUAAUCUCCGAUAUUCAUUUGCUGAACCUCACCCUACUUACCUAUCUGGACCUGUCUUUCAAUUCUUUCGCACUAAACUUAAGUUCGCAAAUGAAUUUCCAGUUAAACGCUAUAAAGAUGCAAUCAUGCAAGUUGGGGCCUAGUUUUCCCGUGUGGAUUCAAACUCAAACAAACUUUGCAUAUCUUGAUAUAUCUAGUGCUGGAAUAUCAGAUCGUGUCCCUGGAUGGUUCUGGAACCUACCACGUGGGUUGAGAUUUCUCAACAUUUCUUCAAAUGAAAUAAAAGGUAUGCUACCAAAUAUGACAACGGUCUUUGAACGCUAUCCUGGAAUGGAUUUAAGUUACAACCAAUUGGAAGGUACAAUACCAUUGUUACCUUCUAAACUGGCAGCACUAAACCUCUCUGGAAACAGGUUCUCAGGAACACUUUCUUUCUUGUGUCAAAUUGACACGGCUUUGACUUUCCUUGACCUCUCCAACAAUUUAUUAUCAGGGAGUCUGCCAGAAUGUUUGCAGAAAUUCCAUGAGAAGCUUGUGGUUCUUAACUUAUCAAACAACAGUUUGUCCGGAGAAAUUCCUUCUUUUUUGGGAGCCCUAUCUAAGCUUCAGGCAUUGUAUUUGCGUAGAAACGACUUUGUUGGUGAAAUACCAAAGUCGUUGAGCAAUUGCACAAAGCUAAGGUUUGUGGAUCUUGGGGAAAAUAAGUUGUCUGGUAACAUACCAUCAUGGAUAGGAGAAACACUUUCAAAGUUGUAUGUUCUUGUUUUACGCUCUAAUAGAUUCAAUGGUAGCUUACCAUCCCGAAUAUGUUCUCUAACUAAUCUCCGGUUCCUUGAUCUAGCUAAUAAUGCGUUGCUAGGAAACAUUCCUAAGUGCUUUGGUAACUUCACGGCUAUGGCUACUAGACGAGUUCAAGAUGAUAUUAUCAGUCAUUAUUACUCCUCUUAUGUAUCAACUCUCCCUGGAACCAAACCACAACAUGACUAUACAACGUAUUAUGCUUUGAACAGAACUGGCGACGUUUUAUGUUCAAGACGAGGAGGACGCUAUUCCAUUUGUGGUUCGAAUGAAUCGGCCCUUUUCAUUGACAAUGCACUAGUUGCAUGGAAGGGAAAACAACGUGAAUUUGGAAGAGGUCUUUACCUACUGAGGAGCAUCGAUAUUUCAAGCAACAAGUUAUAUGGAGAACUUCCCUCAGAGAUCACUAAUCUUCUAGAGCUAGUCUCUUUAAAUUUUUCCGACAACAGACUGCACGGGGAAGUUCCGAAGCAUAUUGGUCGGUUGAGAUCUCUUGAUUCUCUUGACUUGUCAAGAAAUGAGUUUUCUGGAAAUAUUCCCACGAGUUUGACACAGAUAACACGAAUAAGUUAUCUUAACCUCUCCUACAAUAACUUGUCCGGAAGAAUACCAACUGGAACUCAACUCCAAAGCUUCAGUUAUACAUCCUUCAUUGGUAACCCUCAACUUUGUGGACCUCCACUUACACAAAGAUGUGGGCGUUUAUCUCCACCUCCUACUGUUGUUGGAAAGGAAGAUGGAGAGGGUUUCUGGGAUUCAUAUUACAUAGGUAUGGCUGCUGGAUUUGCUGUUGGAUUUUUGGGAAUUUGUGGUGCUUUAUUCUUCAACUGCUGGUGUAGAUAUUUCCUUUUUGCUAGCUUAAAUAACGUGAAGGAUUGGAUAUAUGUAACAUCAGUUGUGCAUUUUCGGAGACUUCAUCGGAAAUUUAGACGGUAAAUGUUACAUAAUCUUUGUGCAACUGUUUCCUAUAGUUUAAGUAGGAAUUUUUAUUAUUAUUAUUGUUCUGUAGAAACCAUACAUGGCCAUGGAUGAUCAUUGCCAUUGCCAUUGUGUUUAUAAACUUUUGUAAACAGGUUACUUUGUGUUGUAUAAAAAGUUUAUAAUUGCCAAUUCAUUAACUCAAUGGUAGUGAGG